CACCCCUUCGAGUCAUCCAUCUGCCACAAGUGUGACAGCCGAGUCGCUGAGUCUGAGAUUAUCGCUUUGGAUUGCACCAGAAUCACUGACAACACACCUCGUUUCUGCAGACAAGCCACAUCCACUCAUCAAGCAAAAUCAUCAAGAUGAUCUUCAACCGAAUUCUCAUCGCGGCCACCGCCGCCUUCGGCAUCGCCAUCGCCGCCAGCAACGGCGGAACCGACAAUGGCAAGCGCGCCGUUCUUGCUGCGCGCGAUACGGUUACGAGCACUGUCACAGUCAUUCAGUCAACCACUCUCACGGUCGCCGCCACCGGUCCCUGCUCGACCUCAACCGGGUUUUUGAGCUCCGUCACCAGCAGCACCACCACUGCUGUUUCCCACACCUCCACCACCCAGACGAGCACCUCGAAAACCACCUCGACCUGGACCAUUCCCGGCGGCUCGUCCGUGACCUCGACGGUUCCCGCCGUCCCGAGCAGCAACACGGUGGUCACGUCGAGCUCGACUCAGACCCACACCCACACCAUCACGUCGGGGUCAACCACGGCCACAUCGACCACGGCCACUCCGUCUGCAUCCACCGUCAACGGUGCAAGCUACAACAAGCACAACAUGCUGGGUGGUGUCGUUGCGGGCGGCGCUGUUGCUCUCGCCAUCGCCAUGGCCUAAGCAAGUCCGCCUUCCAUUCUGUCCCCCUUUGCAGGGUUGCCAAGACAUCAGGGGCAGCAUCACAUGGGACUUCUUCAGGUAUCCCGAGUUGUAUUUCCCCGGUCUUCAUCAAUCAAUUGCUAUCACCUUGGCCUGUAAUUUGGUGGGAGGAGUCACUUAUGGGGAGGUAUGGGCUGGGAGUUAUUAGAGAUCGGGAAACAUGACACAUGGGGCACAGGAA